AUGGACAAGAUAACAGACAAGAUCGCGGCAUUGUCGCCCGAGUCGUACUACUUCUCGCUCGAAUUCUUCCCGCCCAAGACGUCUAUGGGCUUUGCCAACCUGCGGGGCCGGCUGGACCGAAUGGCGCGAGCGCUGCGCCCGCUGUUCGUCAACGUGACGUGGGGUGCGGGCGGCUCGACGGCGCAAAAGUCUCUGGAGCUGGCCGAGAUUUGCCAGCGCGAGCUCGGCCUGACGACGUGCUUGCACCUGACGUGCACGAACAUGAGCCGUGAGCUGAUUGACAAGGCACUGGAAGACGCCAAGGCUCUCGGCAUCCGCAAUAUCCUGGCGCUGCGGGGUGACCCGCCACGACCGACCGAGUACAGCGACGAAACAGACAAGGAUGCGGCGGCGGCCGGGAUUGCACCUGGGCCCUCCGGAGAGCUCGCGUUUUCGUGGGCCGUCGACCUGGUGCGGUACAUCCGGAAACAGCACGGCGACUACUUUUGCAUUGGCGUGGCGGCGUACCCCGAGGGCCACGCCGAGGAGAGUCAUCCGCUGGGCCAGAGCCUCGAGCAUGACCUGCCGUAUCUGGUGGAGAAAGUGCAGGCUGGUGCCGACUUUGUGAUGACGCAGCUUUUCUUUGACCACGCGGCGUACGCACACUUUGAGUCGGUGCUGCUUGCGCACCCGAGCGGCGCGUUCAAGGACAUCCCCUUGAUCCCUGGCUUGAUGCCGAUCCAAAACUACCAGAUGAUCAAGCGGACGACCAAGCUCAGCCACGCACGCAUACCCGACGAGCUGAUGGCGCGGCUCGACGCGGUCAAGAAGGACGACGAGCAGGUCAAGAGCGUGGGUGUGGACAUUAUCAGCGAACUCGUCGAAGAGGUGAAGGAGAUCAAGGACCGGACACGCGCCGACCGGCCCAAGGGCUUCCACUUUUACACCCUGAAUCUGGAAAAGGCCGUGUCGUUUAUCCUUGAGCGGACGCAUUUGAUUCCGCCCGGCACGCCGGACGAGGACGAGGAGGCCAUAGCGGGGGAGGUUGCAGUUGUGGACGACGUGGCGACAAGUGGCUCGCUGGGCGUGCCGUCCAUUCGCAUUAACGGCAGCACGGGCACGGGCGGCGCUGUUCAUCCGCCUCUGGACGGCCAUCCGGCGCGGCGCCAAUCGUCGAUUGGGUCCGACCCGCGCAACCGUGUGAUAGUAUCCGGGCGCGCGGCGUCACAUCCCGACUACGAAGCUACGGCACUCGAGGCCAGCGUGCCGGCUGAGCCGGUGAACACGCGGUCCAACACGCUGGCCAUCUCCGAGGGCGAGGGCGUGCUGGGCCGCGAGGCCACAUGGGAUGACUUCCCCAACGGCCGCUGGGGUGAUGCGCGGUCGCCGGCGUACGGUGAGAUUGACGGCUACGGUGUCAGCCUGCACAUGACGGUGAACCAGGCGCUCAAGCUGUGGGGCCGGCCGACGACGACCGAGGACAUCAACGCCAUCUUUAUCCGCUACCUAGGUGGUGAGCUUGCCGCCAUUCCGUGGAGCGAGGAGGAGUUCAACCCGGAAACGGCGACGAUCCGCGACCAGCUCGUGCAGCUCAAUGCCAAGGGAUGGUGGACGGUGGCAUCGCAGCCGGCCGUGAACGGCAUCCCUUCGACGGACGCGACGUUUGGCUGGGGCCCCACGCACGGCUUUGUGUUCCAAAAGGCCUUUGUUGAGUUCUUCCUUCCGUCGGCCGAUUGGGCAGCGCUUUGCACCCGACUCACCGACCCGGAGGUACGCGACAAGGUCUGCUUCUAUGCGAUCAACGCGGCGGGUGACUUUGUCUCAUCGGACGCGAGCGGGCGCGUGACAGACGGCCGCGGCGGCGCGGGGGCCGCCGAGGAGGCCAGCACGAACGCCGUGACAUGGGGUGUCUUCCCGGGCAAGGAGAUUGUCACGCCGACAAUUGUGGAAGAGGUCAGCUUCCGGGCAUGGAGCGAGGAGGCGUUUGGGAUCUGGAAGGAGUGGGCGGCGCUGUACCCCAAGGGCUCGCCGACAGACAUUUUGCUGGAGAAGACGCGCAACGACUACUGGCUGGUCAACAUCAUCCACCACAACUACAUCGAGAAAGACUCGCUGUGGAACCUGGUGUCUGCAUGA